UGGCAAACAUCUUUGCAAAACUGAGCUUUUGGAUUUAUUAUUUUUUUUCUGAAGGAAAACGCUGUUUCAAGAAGUGAGACUGCUGUGCAUUUAAAGUUGAGGAAAGGGGGUUCUGGGAUGGCUUUUGCAUUUCUUGGGAAGGAGGAGAAAGAAUAAAAAUGGCAAGCAUUUGAUUAGUUAAUGUAUUUGCAUGGGUGGCAAUUAUAUAUGCACUGUUUUUCUUCCCAGGUAGAUGUCUAAAUGCAGAGGGAAGACUUAGCAGGGCCAUUUGUACCUAUAAGUAUUCUGCAAAAUCUGGGAAUUUUUGCUGCUGUACCUUCGCUUAAGGUUUCUCACCCCCCAGAAAUUUCUCUUUGGAAUCUGUUUUAGGGACUAGACUCUUCUGGAUUCUGUGGACUAAUUUUUUUUAAAAGCUGGAUUGUUCUAAACCAGCCUUCCUUAACCUGGCUUCAUCCAGGGGCACCGGACUACAACUCCCAUUACCCACAACCAGAAAAGGCCAGUGGCCAACUGGCAGGAGGAGAUGAAAGGUGUAGUCUGUCAUCCCCAGAGUAAUGCUGCCUUUUUAACUGAAAUAAAUAGUCUUGUAAAUACUGUAGGAGCCUCGUGGUGCAGUGGUUAAACUGCAGUACUGCAGUCAAGAUGCUGCUCAUGACUGGAAUUGGAUCCUGAUGGGUUUAGGUGGUUGGCUCAAGGUUGCGUCAACUUUCCAUCCUUCCAAGGGGGAACAGCAAGCUGACUGUCAAAGGAAGCCCCCAGCCUCUAAACAACUUUCUCAAAGACUUGAGUUGCGUUACAAUGAUAUGUGCCAGACAGAGUUAGAUUUUCUGCCUGUUCUCGUCUGUCAUCCACUCCAUGGAGUUGCCUCCUGGUUUUGACAAAGCUACAGGUGCCUCAGCCCUCGUCCACCACCCUUGUAGAAGAGGAUGAAGGUCCUAACAGAAGCAAAGGGCUGUCCCCGGCUAGUGGAAAUGGCAGUGGAGCAGGAAGCAGGCUUCCCACCUCCAGGUCUCCGCUUCCCAAUGGGAGCAGGAGAACGUGAGGAGUCAGAAAUGAAAGUGGAACUGGAGGAGACACAAGGCUUCAAACCGGCUGUGGGACCAAGGGAAGCGGCAGGUGUCUUUCCUGACAAUCAGGUGGGCGUUGCCAGGAUGCCUCUGAGCUGGGGAGACAUGCAGCACAUUAAGGAGGAACCUGAGGAGGGCAUGUCCUCCCUCCGGUGGGAGACCCAGUGGCAGGAGUUCUUGAGAGUGGUACAGACCCCUUGCUCUGGAAAGGGGAAGACUUGGUUGCCAGAGACUUUGUCAUGGAACAGUAACCCUGAGGCUUCUCUGACCCCUUUAGAGGGAUCGGUAGUUGUCCACCAGGGAUCUUCUGAUGAAAGAUCCAGGUUUCCUCCGGCUUUUAAUGGGCUGGCCCACCAGUCUGUGAGCAGCCCGGACGUGGGUCCCAGCAGAGGAGACGAGGGGGAAACACAAGAAAUCAAGGUGGAGGAGGCCGUCGGCUCAGAGGCACACUGCAGACAUUUCAGGCAGCUCUGCUACCAGGAUGCCCAGGGGCCUCGGGAGGUUUACUGCCGACUGUGGGAACUUUGCAUGAAGUGGCUGAAGCCGGAGAGCCACACCAAGGAGCAGAUCCUAGACUUGGUGAUCUUGGAGCAGUUCUUGGCCGUCCUGCCCUCGGAUAUGCAGAGCUGGGUGAAGGAACAAGGCUCCCGGAGUUGCUUUCAUGCUGUGACUCUGGCCGAGGAUUUCCUCCUGAGGCGUUCAGAAGGCAAGAAAUCAGAGCCACAGGGACUAGGAACAUCCCAAGAGGUAACUGGAACUGUCACGGGAAACGCGAUGUCUCAGGAAACUCCUCCAAGGCAACCUGGCAUGGAGAUGAAGCAAGAGAAAGAAGGAGCUGGUAGCACAUUGGGAGAUGAGGAGCAGUGUGGGAAUGAUGGACAGCCAUUCCCUGUUUCACUAAGAGACCUGAUGGGUGAGGAGCUGGAAGGAAACCCUGACAUCAGAGAUAAAUCAGAAAUAUUUCAGAGACACCAAAGAGAGAAGUGGGAGGAUGCAGUUAUUCCUUGCCACGGUGGCGGUAUCUGUGACACACCAGCGCAACAAGGAACGUGUAAACGGAGAAGGCGGAGCAAAGGCCCUGCGAUGGACAAGUUUUUCCAGGACAAAUCGGACUUUCAUAGAACCCCCAGGGGCGAGAAGCCACACGACUGCUCCGUCUGUGGGAAAAUCUUCCGCCGGCGCUCCGACUUCAAGAACCACCAGAGGACCCACACAGGAGAGAAGCCCUACUCCUGCUUGAACUGUGGGAAGAAGUUCAACCGCAGCACAAACCUUAGUUCUCACCAAAGGAUCCACACGGGAGAGAAGCCCUACCGAUGCACUGACUGCGGGAAGAACUUCUGCCACAAAACCAGCCUGAUCUGUCACCAGAGGACCCACACGGGAGAGAAACCGUACGCGUGUCCGGAUUGUGGAAAGAACUUCAGCCAGAGGCAGCACCUGGUCACCCACCAGCGGAACCACACGGGCGAGAAACCCUUCGCCUGCUCCGAGUGCGGGAAAAGCUUCAGCCGGAGUCAGCACCUGAUCACCCACCAGAGGAUCCACACGGGAGAAAAGGCUUUUGAAUGUUCCCAGUGCCGCAAAAGCUUUUGUGACAAAUCCACCCUCAAUAGACAUCAGCGGAGUCACCUAGAGAAGGAACACUUCCAAUGACCCAAAUGUGAAGAAAGGUUCUGUACAAGCAAACUCGUUGUCCAGCAUCAGAGGAUUCAUUUCCUGACUCUCAUCGUUUAAGUUAGGGCUGGGCAAUGUUGUCCUCCUCUUACCCAGUCAGUUCUCCAAGGCCCCUAUGUUGCCCUGCCCUGGGCAGAAAAUAGUGGACAUCUUGUUUUAAACAAAAUCAAAACUCUCUUAAGCCCUCUGAGAUAUCUUGAGGAGGGUGAUUUUGCCACAUGCUCCCCCACCCCAGGCAUGGAGGAGGGACUCAGUUCAAAAACAGAAGUGACUUGAGUUCUAAUUACCGCUGUUUUGGGGGGUGCAUGCCUCCCAUAGGUUAAAAAACAUAGCCACACCUCUGCCCACUAGGAGACACAAUUUAAUUUAAAGAAAAUGUUUAAACUUUGGUGUGGAGAGUGCGCAGGGCAGACCACACAGUCCUCCAAGGCCCACAGGGGAUGCCUAUGGCCUCUAGAUCUUUAGAAAUUACCGUCUGCUGGUCUAAUGUCAUGUUUGUUUCUACAUCUGAAUAUAUUAACAGUGGUUUUUACUUGCAUUUUACGGAUCACAAUUUGUGUUUUGAAAUUGAUGGUCAAGAGAGCAACUGUCCUGUAAGCAAAGGUGCAUAAUUUUUUUGCAGAUGAACACGAUGCAAGAUAUACUGUUUCAUUAAAUAGUUCCAAUUCUUAUUUCUC